AUGAGUAUACAACGAUAUCGUUACAGGCGUUUUGCAAGCAAUGAUUUAACUGUAGCCACAAUAAUGCCGUUAUCAGCCGUUUCAGUUACUUCAUUUGAAUUUUCUUCAUUAGCCACCAAUACGACUACCAGUGCGAAAAGACAAGAAGCUGAAUUUAUGUAUUCACAGUUGGCAAGAGACAUUUUAAUUUCUACGGAAUCAAAUAAGACAGAAAUGCUUGAAUUUUGUCGUCGGCAGUACGCUGAUAAUGAAGCACAGUUACGUUAUAUCAAAGAAUUUGAAGAUCAUUACAAUUCGCAUAAGGCUAUCUUUUGGUAUACGCGUGAUACAUUUCUCUAUCGUCUUCUGAAUAAGGCUUUAAGAGAACAGGACAUUGAUACAUUGUAUUCACUGAGAUAUUUCAUUAGACAUCUUCAUUUACAAUUGAAAGAUUUCCAUUCUAAACAAAUAUCAAUAGAGACAACUGCAGAACGUGAGGAACUAAUCACUGUUUAUCGUGGACAAUUAAUUAAAACCGAGGAAUUUGAACGUAAAAUACGACAUAAUCUUGGUGGCUUUCUCUCUGUAACUAAUUUUCUAUCGACAACAACAGUUAAACAGUUAGCUACCGUGUUCGCUGGUAAUGGUGGUGAAGUUGAUACACAAAGUAUUCUGUUUCAAAUAGAUAUUAAUCAAUCGGUAAAGAAAUUUCCCUAUGCUAAUAUCUCUACAGAAAGUGUAUUUGGUGAAGAAGAAGGAGAAAUUCUAUUUACAAUGGGUUCUGUCUUUCGUAUACUUUCAAUUGAAUCAACUGCCACUAAUAUGUGGUAUAUUCAUUUGAAACUAACUGGUGAAGAAGACAAAGAAUUAAUGAAUUUAAUUGAGUAUAUGAAAGGUGGUCUGGGUACAUUUACGCCUGAAAUUCAUUUAGCAAGACUACUAUUCGAAAUGGCUCAGUAUAAUAGAGCAAUAAAUUUUUUAAACAUAGCUAUGCAAGACUCACAGCUUAUGGAAGAUUUUAUUGCACGUAUUUACAUUUACAAUGAACUCGGAGACAUAUAUAGUGCAAUCAGAGAUAUAGAUAAGUCUGAAGAAUAUUAUAGAAAAGUGCUCGAGAUAGAUGUGAAACAUUUACCGGAACAUCAUCCAGUUGUAAUGGUAAACUAUAGUAUUCGAGCUCGGCUACAUGAGAGAGACAACGAUUUGGAACAAACAUUAUUUUACCAUAAUAAAAUGUUGGAAAUAAGUUUACAACAUCCCGAACAGACUGAAUGUUGGGAUGCUAAUAAUGACUAUAGAAAUAUUGCCGUGAUUUACAAAAAACAGAAACGUUACUCAGAAGCAAUGGAUAUGUGCCGAAAAUCUUUGGAGAUUCAAUUAAAAAUUUUGCCAUACAAUCAUCCAUCAUUUUCUACAACUUAUUGGUGCAUCGCAGAACUAUUUUCUAUACAAGAAAAAUAUGAAGAAGAAAAUCAAUAUUUACAAAAAGCUUUAAAAAUUCAAAACAAUUCAUUACCAUCGAAUCAUCCUGAUUUUAUUAAAACAUAUAGUUAUUUAUCUGCAUCAUACUAUAAACUAGAUAAAUUUGAAGAAGCUUUAAAAUACUUGAAGAAAGCAAAUGAAUUACGAUUGGAACACUUACCAGUAAUGAAAUACUCGAAUGCAGAUAAUUCAAAAAAAGAAUUUCAGAAACGAAUUCGAGAAGCAAAUGAAUUAUUAGAAGUCCUUCAACAGAGAAACGAAAAGAAUUUCCCUUCAGCCAACAGCAAUUAACUUAAAUCAACAUGAAUUCUAUUUGCAACAAAUAUCUACAACGGCAUUUCUUCUUGUCUAUCAUUAUUUAACUUGUAAACUCCUCAAUAAGGGUGUGGGUGUGGGUGUGGGAGGGUGUGGGUGGGUGGGUGUAGGGUGUGGGUGUAGGU